AUGUGCGGCGUCAGCGGCAUCCUGCAUAAGAUAGUGGCAUCGGCUAGUGGAUUGGCGCCAGUGGGUGAGCAGCUCAUCCGUAUGCUGGAGCCGAUGACCCACCGCGGAAUGGACUCCAGCGGAGUCACCAUUGUCGGCGAACAGCCCGAAGGCGACCUUCUCGUUCGAAUUUGGACCGACAGCGUUCGGAACGCGCCCGACGUGCUCGCCCGAGCUGAGGACACCGUGAGACUAGUAGGGGGAGUUGUCUGCUCCAGCCGACACACGGGACAGUUCAUCCGCAUUGUGGCCAACUAUGAAGGCGAGACUCAGGAACUGGCGGCCGCGCUGCUGGAGACCCCGGGCGUCGCGCUCCAUAGCAUCGGCUGCACCUCCGAGGUCAUCAAGGACGUUGGUACCCCCAUGGCCAUGGAUGAGCGGCACGACAUCGGCGCCAUUCGUGGCACCCAUGGGAUUGGACACGUGCGCAUGGCCACCGAGAGCAUCGUAGACGUCAAUCACGCCCACCCCUUCUGGGCCUAUCCCUUCCCCGACGUUUCGGUGGUCCACAAUGGGCAACUGACCAACUACCACAAGCUGCGCAGGAUGUACGAGGACGAUGGCCACCAUUUCCAGACCGGCAACGACUCGGAGCUGAUCGCGGUUUACCUUGCCGACAAGCUGGCCCAUGGAGAAGGCUUGGAAGACGCGCUGCGGGCAUCCCUCGCUGAUCUUGACGGCACGUUCACCUAUCUCGUCGCUACCCGCGAGGGGCUGGGAUACGCCAAGGACGAAUGGUCGGCAAAGCCCCUGGUGACAAUGGAGACGGACGAUAUAAUCGCCAUAGCGUCGGAAGAGAUCGCCCUACGUGGCAUCCUGCCCCCCGAAAUGGCAGGCGAAGAGAUGGGCCGAGUUGAACCUCAGAAUAGCGAGCUGGCAACGUCGGGAAACGAGGUAACCGUCCUGAAUCCCAAUGCUCGCCACAAUCUGGGUGUGGGCAUAUUCGAGAAUUGCAGCAUUCGCUUCGCCGGAAGCGUUGGCUACUACGCGGCGAGCCUGCUGGACGGGCCUGAGGUGGUAAUCGAGGGAAACGCUGGCUGGGCCGUGGGCGACAACCUGAUGAACGGCAAGAUCAGCGUCACCCGGGAUGCGGGAGCGUCGGCUGGCUCCACCAUGCGCGGUGGUGAACUCUUCAUCGGAGGGAAUGCCGGGGCUAGGGCCGGCAUUUCGAUGAAGGGCGGCUCCUUGGUGAUUGGCGGUAACGCCGGAUUUCUCACCGGUUUCAUGAUGCAGAAAGGGCGGAUCAUAAUCUGCGGCGACGCCGGAGAAGCAUUGGGCGACUCGAUGUACGAGGGAACCAUUUACGUGGCCGGCAACAUCGCCUCCCUGGGGGCCGAUGCCACGGUUGAGCCGAUGAGCGAAGACGAGCUCAUUGACGUGCUGGCAAUCCUCGAAUCGAAGGGAAUCACAGACAAGCGCAGCUUUACCAAGGUUGUUUCGGCAAAACGCUUCUACAAUUACGACUCCUUGGAGAGACUGGAAAAAUCGGCGCUCUAG